CCAUAUUUUUUUUUUUUUUGACUUCUCCUGGAAACCCUUGUUUCGCUUUCUUUCUUCUUCUCUUGUCCAUCUUAUUUGGUGAGCUUUAGAUCCUCGUUUCUGGCUCUUCUGUUCAUCGCUUCUCUCCGAAGUUAUAAAUUCCAUAAAAUUCGUGCCAAUCCUCGGUCGAAGAUACCUGAAUUCGUAUUGUUCUAGGUCCGCCGCUUGUUGGAUCUGCAAAUUCCCUUUGAAUUUCCCUGAAAUUUCUUCGAAUUUGAGACGUUUUUGGUUGGAAGAUUUGAUCAGAGGAAUUGAGAGAGAGAGGAAAAUAAAAAGUUGAGAGGAUGAGUUCGAAGAAGGUGGAAGGGUCGUCUUCUCCGGCGAUUCGACGAGACCCUUACGAGGUGCUUUCAGUAUCAAAAGAUGCGAAUGAUCAGGAAAUCAAAUCAGCUUACAGAAAAUUAGCUCUAAAGUAUCAUCCGGACAAGAAUGCCAACAAUCCUGAUGCUUCCGAACUUUUCAAGGAAGUUGCAUAUUCCUAUAGCAUUUUGUCUGACCCGGAAAAGAGAAGGCAAUACGACAAUGCAGGAUUUGAGGCCCUCGAUGCUGAUGGAAUGGACAUGGAAAUCGACUUGUCAAACCUUGGAACUGUAAAUACAAUGUUUGCAGCAUUAUUCAGCAAACUAGGUGUGCCUAUCAAAACUACUGUAUCUGCCAACGUUCUUGAAGAGGCUAUGAAUGGAACGGUUACAGUUAGGCCCCUUCCUAUUGGAACAUCAGUUAGUGGGAAGGUAGAGAAGCAAUGCGCUCAUUUUUUUGGAGUUACGAUAAGUGAACAACAAGCUGAAUCAGGUGUUGUUGUUAGAGUAACAUCAACAGCACAAAGUAAAUUUAAGUUACUUUAUUUUGAGCAAGAUCCAAGUGGCGGCUAUGGAUUGGCCUUACAGGAAGAGAGUGAGAAAACAGGCAAAUUGACAUCAGCUGGCAUGUAUUUCUUACAUUUUCAAGUAUACCGAAUGGAUUCGACAGUAAAUGCGUUAGCUGCAGCCAAGGACCCAGAAUCUGCUUUCUUCAAGCGAUUGGAAGGUCUUCAACCUUGUGAGGUUUCGGAACUGAAAGCUGGCACUCAUAUAUUUGCAGUUUAUGGUGAUAACUUCUUUAAGACUGCAUCCUACACGAUUGAGGCACUCUGUGCCAAGACAUAUGAGGACACAACAGAGAAGUUGAAGGAGAUUGAAGCUCAGAUCUUAAGAAAGAGAAACGAGUUGCGGCAGUUUGAAACAGAGUACCGAAAAGCUUUGGCGCGCUUUCAAGAAGUAACCAACAGAUAUACCCAGGAGAAGCAAACUGUGGAUGAGCUGCUAAAGCAACGAGAUACAAUCCAUUCAUCUUUCUCUGCCGUGAAGACACCGAGCGGCAGCAACUUGAGCAAUGGGAGUAGUAGUAAAGCUCAGGGAGAGGAAUCAAAAGGCGAUGGUGAUAGUGCUGGAGAAGAAGGCGGAUCAGAGAGUAGAGACAAAUCGAAGAGGAAAUGGUUCAACUUGAACCUAAAAGGAUCUGAUAAGAAGCUUGGUUAACCUGUCCAAAAUGGCGGAUUUGUUGUGGGUCAUUGGUUUAUUCGUUAGACAGAACCGACUUGGUGACUGUUCUGUCACUGGGAGGUUGUGGUCUAUGUAUGUUUCUGUAGGCAUAUAUAUAUAUAUGUUCAUGGGAAUGGUUUGAAAGAGAGAGAGAGAUGCAAAAGCUCAACUUGAGAGUGGUUUUGAAAUGUAUGCAUAUGCAUCAUUGAUUCAUUGUUUUGUUAUAUUAACAGAAUUGUCAUUGUUUCGAAAGUGAGUUGAAGGUGUAUUUUUGUAGUUUUUCGUAGGUCAAGGGUCGGUUUGUGAAAACUUGAAAG